AAAAGUGCGAACCGCUCAAUUAGCGAAAUCAGCUAACGACAAAAGCGGUUAGCUCAGCCUCUCCGCCCCAGUCUACACACCGAUGUCUUAUCCUUAUCGCAAAGCAUUUACUCUGUACGGAGUACGUACUGUGAGACCUCAAAUCCAUUUCACAUAAUACUUGUUCCAAUGUCUCGCAAAGGUGUUGGUCUCGCAGCUUUCGACAGGUCUCGGAUCACAUCUGCUCAAUAUGCGUCUCAUGGAAACAAUCUACGAAGUUCUCAUUCCACAUCUCUAGCUACUCAGUUAUCGGUCUUCCGUUCUUUACUUCAGCAAUUUGCUCAAACUCAUGCCAAAGAUAUACGCUCGAAUCCCACUUUCCGCGCCGAGUUUGCGCGUAUGUGCUCAGCUAUUGGAGUUGACCCUUUAGCAAGUAGUAAUAAUGCUGGAGGUAAAGAUGGAAGUGGUAGUUUUUGGGCUCAAAUGCUUGGUACAAGUGUGAAUGAUUUCUAUUUCGAGUUGGCAGUAAGAGUUGUGGAAGUCUGUGGUGCUACAAGAGAAGAAAAUGGUGGGCUUAUCGGUGUGAAAGAAGUUAAAGACAAAAUCAUGAGCAGAAGAAUGGAAGGUGGGCCUGAAAUUACUGAGUAUUGAUCACCUUAUGAUAUCCUUGUGAUAUACAAAAUGCUAAUUAUUGGCCAGUGAUGAUAUCCUUCGUGCCGUGACUACCCUCAAACCCCUUGGUUCUUCAUAUUCCACCAUAACCGUUGGCCACAAAACAUAUAUCCGCUCGAUACCCAAAGAACUUAACACAGAUCAGAGUGCUGUUCUGGAAGCCGCGCAAGUACUAGGAUAUGUUAGCGUCUCGAUGCUCAUGCUGAAUCUUCGCUGGCCAAGAGCAAGAGCUAAGACAGCCAUCGAAGAUGUCGUCUCAGAGAGUAUGUUAUGGGUCGAUAAGCAAAGUGAAGAGUGGGAGUAUUGGAGCCCCAAUUUCAUGCUAGAAGUGGAUGAAGGUGGAAACACUGGAUGAUAACAAGAUUGCAACAUACCAUUCAGAGAAACACGAAAACCUAGGACCAGAAAAGGCAACGAGUAAGUAAAACAAAGUCGGAAGUAGUGGCAAAUUUUACAUGUAGGAAGACAAUGGUACUUU